AUGAAACAAGCGCGAUUUGCUGGGUCAUCACGACAAGUUGUUAAAGGCGUAAAUGGAAGAUUUAUCUCCGGACAGCUGGUUGCGAUCAUGGGCCCAUCUGGUGCUGGCAAAAGUUCACUGUUGAAUGCAAUAUCCGGUUACAGGUCAAAUGGUGUCGCAGGCGAGCUAUUGGUGAACGGAGAAGCGCGCGAUGAGAAAUCGUUCCAAAGAUCUUCGUGUUAUAUCACUCAAGAAGACUUGCUUCAGCCUUUAUUAACUGUGCGAGAGGCGAUAGACGUCGCGGCCAGCUUGAAAUUGCCAAAAGGAAGCAAAGCCCCCUCAGAAGAGAUAUUACAAGAGUUAGGCCUGUUGGAACACCAGCACACUAAGACCGAUCUAUUAUCGGGUGGACAAAAGAAGAGGCUAUCAAUCGCCCUGGAGUUGGUGAACAAUCCACCUGUAUUCUUCCUUGAUGAGCCGACGAGUGGUCUGGACAAUGUCACGACUGUGCAGUGUGUCAAACUACUAAAGCAGCUCGCGAGACAAGGAAGAACUGUGGUCUGCACCAUCCACCAGCCUGCCGCUUCGCUCUUCGAGUUGUUUGACCAGGCGUACAUAAUCGCUGAUGGUCUAUGCAUCUACCAAGGAGACACUGAGGCCAUGGUACCACAUCUAUCCAGCCUGGGCCUAGUUUGUCCUCGCCAUCACAAUCCAGCGGAUUAUAUAAUCGAGCUAACGGAGAGUCAAGAAUGCAUACAAAUAUUGUCAGAAGAAAUCCUUAACGGAAGUCUGUAUAAGUCAACUAAAAUUGACAGUACAAACCCGGAGCCAGUCAACACAAUGCAAUUAAAGAUUUGUUACCAAACAGAAGACAAUAAUGGUGAAACGGAAAUAGUACUAACAACAGACAAAUGCACGUUUAACAUGGAAGAGUAUACGGCAGCGUCAUCAACAACUUUAGAGAGUAAAAUUUCCAAGGACUCCUCAGUGGCCUGGAUGAAAAUGCAGAAAGUAGAAACCAAAGGAUACCCCAGUACAUUCUCCCAACAGUUCAUUAUACUACUAACAAGAAUGCUACUGCAAAUAUCAAGAAAUCGACCAGCACUAUGGAUUCAAACUAUUCACCACAUAGGCUGUGCGCUUUUGAUAGGCGUAUGUUUCUUCAAUAUGGCAAAUGACGGUACACAAAUGUUUAACCAUUUGAAGAUGUGCGUGGGACUUGUUAUAUUCUUCGUUUACACACAAAUCAUGGUACCAGUACUAGUCUAUCCCCAAGAGGUAAAGUUGGUGAAAAAGGAACAUUUCAAUGGCUGGUACAACCUGGUGCCAUACUACGCGGCGUUAACAGUCUCAAAACUUCCAGUACAAGUUACCUUAAACAUGAUCUUUUCAACGAUUGUGUUCUUCAUGGUCGGAGUUCCAUACGCCCAUAAUAGGUUCCUGGCGUUCUGUAUAAUAGGAAAUAUUGUUUCUCUGGUCGCUGAGGGUGUCGGGAUGGCUAUUGGAUCGGUGUUUAGUGUUAGGAAUGGAUGUGCGAUCGGCCCGGCAGCUAUCGCCCCUUUCCUUGGUUUGGCCAUCUACGGCUUCGACUUCGCCCACAAAAUCCCCCUAAUAAUGAACAUCAUUAUGAAGACUUCCUUCAUCCGAUGCGGAGUAGUUGCCAUGGUGCUUACAAUUUUCGGCUUUGGACGGCAACCCCUUGAGUGUAGCGAUGUCUACUGCCACUUUGCAAAGCCAGACGUCCUAUUACAGUACUUAGAUAUCGAAAAAAGUUCAGUCUGGUUCGAAAUAUUUAUAAUGGUCAGCAUCAUGUUCGCCGUACGGUUUCUUUGUUUCAUGGGCCUCAGGUGGCGGUUCGCGACAUGA